GGCUGUGGGGUGGAGGGUCCGUGUGGGGGGCGAGGCUGCGGACUCGGUGCGGGACGGAGCCGCGUGUGAGGGGAGGGCUCACAGCCCCUUCCCCCCGCCCAGGACACCCGGCGGGCAUGGUGGGCUACGACCCCGAGGCCAAGUGCGUGUCCACGGUGGAAGCGGCCGCAGCAGGGUCGGCGUCCGGCUUGGUCACUCGGGUGCUGAUCAGCCCCUUGGAUGUCGUCAAGAUCCGCUUUCAGCUCCAGAUCGAGCAGCUCUCCUCCAGAAACCCCGCAGCCAAGUAUCACGGCAUCCUGCAAGCCAUGCAGCGCAUCUUCCGGGAGGAGGGCCUGGGAGCCUUCUGGAAGGGCCAUGUUCCCGCUCAGUUCCUCUCAGUUGGCUACGGAGCUGUUCAGUUCAUGGCAUUUGAGAGCCUGACAGAGCUGGUGCACAACGUCACCUCGUACAGCGCCCGCGGCUCCUUCGUGCACCUGGUCUGCGGGGGCCUGGCUGCCUGCACAGCCACCGUGGCAGUGCAGCCUGUGGACACCCUGCGCACCCGCUUCGCUGCUCAGGGCGAGCCCAAGAUCUAUCCCAACCUUCGCCAUGCAGUGGUGACCAUGUACCAGACGGAAGGGCCUCGGACUUUCUACAGAGGUUUGACCCCCACACUCGUUGCUAUCUUCCCAUAUGCUGGUCUCCAGUUCUUCUUCUACAACGUCCUGCAGCAGUUCUCGGAAUGGGUGGUUCCUGCUGAAGGAAAGAAAGGAGGCAACAUUAAAAACCUUGUCUGUGGCAGCUGUGCUGGGAUCAUCAGCAAAACCCUCACAUACCCCUUGGACGUGGUCAAAAAGCGACUGCAAGUGGGUGGCUUUGAGCACGCUCGGGCAGCCUUUGGGCAGGUACAGACGUACGGGGGUUUCCUGGACUGCAUGAGGCAGAUCAUGCGGGAGGAGGGCUCAGGUGGAUUCUUUAAGGGCCUCUCCCCCAGUCUGCUGAAGGCUGCCUUGUCCACUGGCCUCGUCUUCUUCUGGUAUGAGCUGUUCUGCAGCCUCCUGUGCGCCCUGAAGAGCCCCGACAGCACUGGGAGGAAGGAAGGCUGACAGGGAUGUGUGUGGCUGCCUCUUCUCCUCAGGAGGGGAGACCGAUGGCUUUGCUCUGUCACGAGCGUGUUGGAAAGGCCAGAGCUCCCAGAGCUCCUCCAGCCUGUGGGGAAUCACCUCCUGGGACCAAGCGGAAGGAGAAGGCGACUGCAGUUCUGCUGGAGACACUGAACUGCUUUGCUGGAGGCUGUUCAACUGAGCACUUUUUUUUCCUCUGUCUCCUCUCAUAAGCACUCAUUUCAUGGAGAGAAGGGAACCAACAGACCACUCCCUAGCAGCACCUGUGCUCUGGAAAGGCACCCAGUAAAGUGGGUGAAUUUCUGAGCUCGCCCUGGAUCCCAGAGAGGGAUCCUGACCCAGCCUAGUGCAGCUUAACCAACCCCACACCCCUUCCUAGCGCUGCAUCCACACAGCUUUGUUCCCUUGCUCUAGGCCUGCUGUUUGCACCAAAUCCUUGUCUGGGUGUUGCACAGGUCACUCUGUCCUGCUGGAGUGAAGUCAGGUAAAACCACUUGAGUGCACAGACCCUCGGUUUUCCUUUCCUUUGCUGCCACCUGAUUCUGCUUGGUCACCCCUUGCUGGCUGUGCAUUCUCAGCCACCUUAAACACAGAGUCUUCUCUGAUAACAGACCCAGACUUGCUCUUCCUUUAACUCCAGUGAGCUUGAUUGUAUCCUGAGUUCCCAUUUCUCUUCCUGGGUCUGUUUGGCCGUGCAUCUCUUAGGGGUUUGCAUUGCCUCACUCACACUUCUCACAAGCAAACUUGCAGAUUAAGAGCCCUGCUCUGAGGGGAUUCAACGCACAAGCCCAGUUCUUACUUCAGGGUUCUUUGCUUCAGUGCAGUGAGUAAACAAAUGCUGUAUGGAGUUAAGAAAUAUUUAGUCUAAGUUGGAAUAAUGAAGGGAAAGUCCUGUGGAAACUAGUAAAUUUUUAUUAUUAAUAUUAUUAUUUAUUUAAUAAUAAUUCAAACACGUUUGAAUGUUUCUAGCAAGUAUUUCUGUAGUGGCCUCAAAACAUUUCUGAACCUCAGUCCUACACUGGUGCUAACUGAUGAAAAUGUUUUGACAAGAUUAGCUGAAGUGAAAGGAAUGAACAUCAAAUGGGAAUUGUUUGGCUGGGCCUGGUGGUGUUUCACAAGAGAAGGAUGAUUGAAUUAGAGCUGGAAAAGUGUUUUUCUGGAGUUUCAAAGGUUUUAGGAGCCGUUAAAAAAGCCAACAAAACAACGAACCAACAACUCUGAUUUAUGUAACAGUGGAAAAGAGGAAAAUUACUUUCUUCCUCCUCUUUUAUUCUGUGUGUUUUCAAGCUGGGCAGGGUGUGGUUGGGCUGUGCGGAAGAGUUCCGAGGAAGAGCCCUGCCAUGCAAACUUUAGUCAUCUGGGAAGGGUGGGUAGGGCAGAGUGCUGGGUUAUUUGGAGGAUGCUUUCAUGGUUCUUCUCUUAACACAGAGCUUUUCCCAGCUCUUUUGCAGUAUUCAGGGUGUUAAUCCCAAAUGGUCUGGCCAAAUUCCAGCGUGACCGAUUCCAUUCUGUUGACGCAACUUCUCCUGGCGAUUUUGAGCAUAUCAGCAUUGCUCACUUAUCCUGAGCUAUUGUGAGAGGCUGUUUUUAAAAAGCAGCUGUUUCACUGGUGGCUGAGGUAUCUGGAGAGAUUCCUUGCAAGUCCAGGCCAAAUAACUUUGUGUCUGCUGUGGUUUGAGAUCUUGGAGUGCAAAGUGGCUGUUUCACUGCAGGUGACUGAGCUGUGUAAAAUAAAAUCCCCUGAGCAGCGUCAGUGUCAGGCAGGAGGCCGAUAUGUGACCCUCAAAGAGGGGCUGUGAGCUGCAUGUACUCUAAAAAUGGCAGUUUUGUUCAGAGGAGAAAAUGCGAAGAAUGUGGAAUGAAAUUUCUCAAAGUGCCUCAAUCCUAUUGGCAUCUUCCCGUGUUAUUUAGGCUCCUCUGAGAUUGCUCAAAAUCUUAACAAUGUCUUGGCUUUGUUUAUUGUUCACCUGUUUUUCUUGGAAAGACAUCAUAAGCAGUAAUGAACUCACCUCCUGACAUCCUUCUGAGAGAGAGAAAUGUCUCAUUUCAAAGCAGACACAAACAGGUUGGGUUUGUUAUUGUCUUUUGGCUGCUGGUGAGAGCAAUGCUCUCAUGGUUAGCAGGGACAGGCCACAGCAGAGAAUGCUCAGUGCUGACCUAGGCUUCCUUAGGAAAUGGGACUCAUCCGUCCUGUCUGAACAUUGCAAGACUUGUUUUCCAUUUUAUGUCAAAGACCUGCUGUUAAACUGCACAAAAUGUGGGAACUGGUUGGGAACUCAG